AAUUCAAUGUAUUCAGAACAUUAAACCAAUUACCAUGUCUACAUUCGGGAUGUUGUGGCUCCUAAUGGGACUGCUUGCAGUCUUCUUAGGAAAUGGAGUCCAGCCAAGCAAAUUGCUCUCAGCCUUUAGCCAAUCCCAAAGUGGUAUGGCCAGUCAAACACGUUCGGUCAAGACCACUCGUACAGUGACCGUGGAAAAAAAAUCAACUAUCUAUAAGAAACACUGUUGGUCGGACAUGAACGCCGAUAAGUCAUCAGUAAGUUUGAACACGUUGGAGAUGUGCCACGUAAACGGUUACAACGAGGAAGGCCUAUACGUGGUGCCGGAGUUCACGAAGCUCCUCAAUUCGCUAAACAGGGAACAGUGCAACAUGGUCUCGAAAGUGAUCUAUCCCAGGGAUUACAGUCUGUCGAUCAAGUCCGGUGACGAAUUCGACGUCAUCAUCGUCGGGUGCGGGGCCGCCGGUUCAGUACUGGCAUCCAAGCUCAGCGACGAAAAGGACAUCAAAGUGCUGAUACUGGAGGCCGGAGGUCAACCGUCAUUGGAGUCCGAAAUACCCGGGCUCUGGGCCAAUUCCAUAGGUUCCGACAUGGACUGGAAGUAUUUCGCGGAGGAAGACGAAACCUACGGCCAGAGUUUGGACAAGAAGCACGUGCAGAUUGUUCGUGGGAAAGUGCUCGGGGGCACUACCGCUUUGAACACCAUGUUGUACGACCGCGGAAUCGAAUCCGACUACACGAAACUCGUAUCCAAGGGACUGACCAACUGGGGCUGGAAAGACGUGCUCAAGUACUACAUGCGGUCCGAGGACUGCAAGUUCGAAAAGAUCACUACGAGCACGACCGUUAGCAAAUCGCACCGAGUAGGUGGCAAACUGCGCGUAGACUCGUUCCGGAACACGAGAACCGUUCAGAUCAGAAAAGUAUUCUCGAAGGCGCUCAGCUCUGUGAACUACAGCACAAAAGACUUCUUUGACGUGAAAAACCACCAAGGGUUCAUUUCGUCCAUCGCGACCGUGAAAGACGGUUUGCGCGUGAACGCGGCGAAAGCGUUUUUGAAAAACGCUGACCGCAAGUACAAUUUGAAAAUAGCGGCCAGGUCUAUGGCGAAGAAAAUAGUGUUCGAUAACAACAAGGCCGUUGGAGUGGAGUUCGAAAACUCAGCCGGACAACUGAUCACAGUCAAGAGCAAGAAGAACGUGAUUUUGAGCGCUGGCCCCAUUGGAUCCCCAAAACUUCUUAUUGAGUCAGGAGUCGGGCCCAAGGAUUUGCUCGAUUCCUUGAAGAUCCCUGUCGUAGUGGAUAACACAAAAGUGGGCUCGAACUUGCAAGCUCAUCCAAAUUUCUUGGGUCUAGUGGUUAAAUUCGGAAGGCAACCAUUGAAAGCCUAUUCCGUCAGCGAGAUGGUAUUCGAAUAUCUAAUGAAACACACCGGACCGCUGGCCAACAUAGGAUUGAGUAGUUUCACCGGUUUCAUAGACAUCGACGGCAACGGAGAGCCGGAUAUUCAGAUAUCGUUUCACUAUUAUUCCGAGGACGAUACCGUGUUCAUGCCUUCGCAAUUGGACGCUUUCAACUUCAACGAUCAAAUCACAGAACAGAUCAUCGACCUGAACGAAAACGACGAUAUUCAGAUAGUUGGCAUUUCUCUACUCCAUCCGGAGAACACCGGCCAAGUGACCAUCAAGAAGACCGAUAAUGGCUACGAGCCGACCAUUAAAUACGGUUCGCUGUCCGAAGCCGAUGUGAGCACGCUGGUUAAAGCUAUCGAUUGGGUGAAGAAUCUCAUAACGUCAGUGGCGUUCAAACAAUACGAGCCGAAAAUCGUGCCGCUGAAAAUCGAAGGAGGUCCCGAACCCAACGUGGACUGCGAGAAUUACUGGAGACACGCCAUUAAACAUUUGACGACGAUGAAUAUCCAGAUGGCCGGCACGUGCUCCAUGGCGACCGACAUUUCCGAAGGAGUGGUGAACGAAAAUUUGAACGUCUUCGGCACCGAAGGCUUGAAGGUGGUCGACUCGUCCGCGCUUCCGAAUAUUUUCAGUGCCGAGAGCUGCGCCUCGACAAUCAUGGUCGCAGAGAAGGGUACCGAUAUUAUCAAGGAAGAAUUGGGAUGUAAAGUCGAUGAAUUCGACGAAGAAUCGUUCUGAAGUUAAUCAAACUAUAUUUUAUUAAAAACAACUUAUAGAAUACAACAUUUAAUAACAUAUAUAAUAGAAAAAUGUUGUUUUUUCUAUCUCGAUACCACCAAUAUCGGCCCAAUUAAAAUACUAGUUCUAGGAUAGGUUCACCCCUAAUAAUUAUUAAUAAAAUUGCGUACUGAUAAACGAUUAAACUAUUUGAUUUGAUGCAACAAAAAA